AUGAGUAAAUCUGGUAAGUGGUUUAAGUAAUAAAAUUGCUGUUGUGCGUCACACGCGCGUGUAUUAAGUUUCGUCAUGGGCAGGCUUCUUGAUAUAUUAGAUUAUCUAAUGUGUGUUGGCCUUUUUCUUGGUUGAGAAUAUUUAUAAACUCGGAAAGCGAUGUAUUUAUAUCGGACUGCAUGAGUUAAAACCUAAAUUGGUACAAUUAAACUGGCCAAAAAAACUUGGCAGGGAGGGGGUAUGGGUGGUGAGGGGGCAGGGUUGUGGGGAGGAAUGUGGUUAUGAAUUUCUGGCUCUUCGGCCUAACCUUUUGGCAAUAUGUUUGUAUUUGUUUUCUUCAAAAUACCUAAUUUAGUACACUCUUCUAAUAAUACCUGAGUUGUAUAGAAAACUAAAGGUGAUUCGUUCUCCUUCCAGAUCUUGGUGAGCUAUUCCCGAAACAAAAAGACUGGAACCUCUAUGUAGCCACAGCUGUGGCUAGCUUUUCAUCUUGCCUAUUUCUGUUCUACUUUAUAAGUCCAAGAUUCUCAUCACUAGUUAUCCCAGGCUACAUAAAGCUUUCUGUAGCCAAGAGGAUUGAUUGGAACACAAGGUAAUUAAUCAGCACAAUUACGUUUGCAUCUCCAGAAAAAAUCCACAGAGAGGGGUCCCUUGAAGACCCCUCCCCUCCCUUCAGAACAAUGAUUCAUGUUCUUCCUACCCUUCUGGAAACUUUGGUCCUGAUUGACAGAGGAUCAGGAAAAGUGAAGUUUCUAGACAAAGGACACAGCAUAUAGUUUCUUUGCGUACUCGCUUGUUAACUGUGAAAAUCAUAUGGAAAUAUGUCCCUUGUUUACCCCAUCCUCAGAGACCUAGGGGCAGUCAGUUGGGUCAGGAGAAGAGGCAUGACAAAAGUCUUCUGGCUUUUUUCCUCCAAACCCUAAAGACUUACCCUGGGUCUCUUGAAGGAUAGACGUGUUAACCCCUGUCCUGCAUAACAACAAGUUCCAUUUUCUCGCCUAUUCUCUGGAAAUUUCCGAUCCCUUCAAUAGCAAGUGAUGUCAAGGAGCAGAGACAUCUGACCAAGUUACUACCUCCCCUCCCAUCACCUGUUUCCCACCAUCCUUGGGGUGGAUUAGAUCUUAGGGAGGGGUCCUAGCAACCACCCUAUUUUUGACCAAUUGCAAAACAAUGCCUACCGGGUCAGGAAAACAAUUUGAAGAACAACCCCCCACCCCUCCCUGGCUCCUGCUUCCUAAUUCAACAAGAUCUAGAUUAAGGUCUGGAUCGCACUCGUCCAUCCAAAGAAUAAUUUUUCUUUCUGAUCCAAUUUCCUUUAACCUAAAAACUGAUUACAAUAAUAAUUCUCAUGUCUUACAGGAUUGGUUCAAACCUGCAUGCCAUAAUUGUCAGCAUCAUCAGUUUAUAUUGUUUUUUCUUUGAUGCAGAAACAACUUCAAAUCCUAUUGCGUGAGUUUUUUAAGAAAAAAUGUCAUUCCUUUUUUUUUAUUUGCUUUUGCAUCACAGGUGUUAUUUUAGUAACGCAUUUGAUGCUAAUAAAUAUCUCUAUGAUAUUUUAGGAGUAAUGCUGUAUUUGUGAGAAUAGGAAUUGCAAUCACAAUGGGCUACAUCGCAGCAGGUACAAGUAACUACCAGAGAUUUAUAAGGGCCUCAGUUUCUCCCCAGACUCUCCUCUUAAGACCAAAUAAAUAACAACUAAAAGCCCUUAAUCAAGUAGCACAUCUUAAUUUAUAAUGUCAAAAAAGCUAGUCUACUCAUCAAUAAAAAAACUGAUUAUUUCAUGUUCAUCUUUUUUCAGACUUUCUGAUUAUAAUCCUAUCAUAUAAGCAUAUUGGAGAUUUGUUCACUGUGACACAUCAUAUGAUGGCUAUAUGGGCCUACUAUUUUGUUGUGGUGAGUACCGUAAAGGGGUUACAGUUUAUGCCGAGAUGACGUCCACAUUUUGGGUCAAAACUGAGCCGAUAUCAAAACUAACGGUUUAGUUUAUUACUAAUGGUUUAGUUUAUUAAAGAAAAGGGGAAGGGGAUAGGGAAAAAAAAACAAAAACAAAACAACUAAAUUUUGUUUUUUUGUUUUUUUUUUUGUUUGUUUGUUUGUUUUUGUUUUUUUUUUCUCUUAGUAUCACAUGAUGUAUAGAUAUGUAUAAGUUUUCUAUUCUUAAUUGUUUUAUCUUUUCGUUUUGGAGGGCAGUUUUUAUAUGGGAAUUCAGUUUCCCCCUACUGCUUUCCUUUACCUAUCCCCACUCCCCGCAAACAACAACGAGCUGUUGAUUAUUGAAAGCCUUCACUGGCCUUCGCUUACUGUUUCAGUCAUAACAAAGGCAAGAAGCAUUUUCGAUGAUUACUCCACAAACGUGUCUGUUUCGCUAUCCAAAUCGAAGAAUUUUUAACAUAAGAGGAGGACGAACCUGAGCCUGCGACAACCAUCACCUUCACGGGUUUUCUCUUGUCCAAUGCCACAUUAUUUCCUCUUCUCUUCAAAACGUACACACUUCGUACAAUAACUACAAGUGCUAACAAAAGAACAACUGCAAAGACAGAGAAAAUCGCGGUACAAAUAUCCAUGAUGUUCACAAAAAUAGGAGAGAAGACAACCUUGCUAGCGUGAUCAGCGCAAUCUUUUUUUAAUAUAAGCGCACGCACAAAUUUUGUGAUUUUACAACUGGAUCAUGGACGUGGCGGCUCAAUUAUUACCUGGCGUGACACGUGACAGAGAUCGUAUUGUUCUUGGAGUUGCCUUUGUUUUGACUUGAAAGAACUUACAAUCCAACUUCCUUGACGGUACUUAGGUGAUUAAGUGAAAUUUGACAACGAUGAGUAAAUCUGGUAAGUGGUUUGAAAAAUAAAAUUGUUGUUUUGCGUCACACGCGCGUGUGAGUUUCAUCAUGAGUAGGCUUCUUGAUAUCCCCUUGAUAUAUUAGAUUAUCUCAUAUGUGUUGGCCUUUUUCUUGGCAGAGAAUAUUUAUAAACUCGGAAGCAAUGUAUUUGGAUCGGGCUGCAUGGAUUAGAACCUAAAUUGGUACUAUUAAACUGGCCAAAAAAACUUGGCAGGGAGGGGGUAUGGGUGGUGAGGGGGUGGGGGGAGGAUUGUGACAAUUUAUUUUCUGGUCUCUUCUACCUUACCUUCUGGCGAUAUGUCGUCUCUUUUUUUUCAGAAUACCUAAUUUAUCAUACUCUUCUAAUAAUAGCUGAGUUGUAUAGAAAACUAAUGGUGAUUCGUUCUUCUUACAGAUCUUGAUGAGCUAUUCCUGAAACAAAAAGACUGCAACCUCUAUGUAGCCACAGCUGUGGCUAGCUUUUCAUCCUGCUUAUUUCUGUUCUACUUUAUAAGUCCAAGAUUCUCAUCACUAGUUAUCCCAGGCUACCAAAAGCUUUCUGUAGCCAAGAGGAUUGAUUGGAACACAAGGUAAUUAAUCAGCACGAUUACAUUUGCAGCUCCAGAAAAAAUCCACAGGGAGGAGUUCCAUGAAGAUCCCUCCCCUCCCUUCAGAACAAUGAUUCAUGUUCUUCCUACCCCUCUGGAAACUUUGGUCUUGAUUGACAGAAGAAAAGUGAAGUUUUUAGACAACAAUACAAUAUUCAAAAUCACAUGUUGUUUCUUUGCAUACUUGCUUGUUAACUUUGAAAAUCAUAUAGAAAUAUGUCCCUUGUUUACCCCAUCCUCAGAGACCCAGGGGAAGUUAGUUGGGUCAGGAGAAGAGGCAUGACAAAAGUUUUCUGGCUUUUUUCCUGCAAACCCUAAAGACUUACCCUGGGUCCCCUGAAGGAUGUGUGAACCCCUGUCCCGCAUAUCCUCUCGCCUAUUCUAUUGAAUUUUCCGAUCCCUUCAAUAGCAAGUAAUAUCAAGGAGCAGAGACAUCUGACCAAGUUACAACCUCCCCUCCCAUCACCUGUUUCCCACCAUCCUAGUGGUGGAUUAGAUCUUAGGGAGGGGUCCUAGCAACCACCCUAUUUUUGACCAAUUGCAAAACAAUGUCUAGCGGGUCAGGAAAACAAUUUGAAGAACAGCCCUCCACCCCUCCCUGGCUCCCCCUUCUUAAUGCAACAAAAUCUAGAUUAAGGUCUGGAUCUCACUUGUGCAUCCAAAGAAUAAUUUUCCUUUCUGAUCCAAUUUCCUUUAACCUAAAAACUGAUUACAAUAAUAAUUCUCAUGUCUUGCAGGAUUGGUUCAAACCUGCAUGCCAUAAUUGUCAGUAUCAUCAGUUUGUAUUGUUUUAUCUUUGAUGCAGAAACAACUUCAAAUCCUGUCGCGUGAGUAUUUUAAAAAACAGUCAUUCCUUUUUUUAUUUGCUUAUAAUGCUUCACAGCUGUUACUUUAGUAAUGUAUUUGAUGCUAAUAAAUAUCUCUUUGGUAUUUUAGGAGUGAUGCUGUAUUUGUGAGAAUAGGAAUUGCAAUCACAUUGGGCUACAUCUCAGCAGGUACAAGUACCGGUAACUACCAGACAUUUAUAAGGGCCUCAGUUACUCCCCAGACUGACCUCUUAGGACCAAAUACAUGACAAUUGAAAGGCGUUAAUCAAGUAGCACAUCUUAAUUAUAAUGUCAAAGAAAGCUAUAGUCUACUCUUCAAUAAAAAAACUGAUUAUUUCAUGUUCAUCUUUUUUCAGACUUUCUGAUUAUAAUCCUAUCAUAUAAGCUUAUUGGAGAUUUGUUCACUGUGACACAUCAUCUGAUGGCUAUAUGGGCCUACUAUUUUGUUGUGGUGAGUACCGUAAAGGAGUUACAGUGUAUGCCAAAAAAACAUCCACAUUUUUGGAUCAAAACUGAGCCGAUAUCAAAACUAAGGGUACUUUCCAAAAGUCAGAACUAAUACCAGCCAGGCUGGUUCUUUUGAAAAUGAAAUAUAGUCUUUUCUUGAAAUUCUUUUACAAAAUUGAAGGGUUUUACCAUCAAUGCAAAAUCUAUUCCAUGUUUUGACAGGUUUAUGGUUCCCUGCCUUAUUUUGCUAAUGUACGACAACUUGCUGAGAUUUCCACAGUGUUUGUUAAUCAGAGGUUAGUGCUGUAUAGUACAUAGACUAAAACAAGCCCCAAUAUCCACAUUCAAAUUCUCCAAACUGAUCUGUAUAGAUUUCCUUUAAAAAUUAGUUAAGAGAAUUUGAAAAAACAUCAAAGUAUUUUCUCUUAGGUGAUCAUUUUAUUAAUUCUCAUAACUUUAUUUCUUGACAAUGUAUGGAUGUUGUUAGGAGAAAAUUGCUGUUGGUCACUAUUUGGGACUUAAAGGGUUAAUAAAACUUUUACAAGUGUAAUUUACAAGGUGUAGCUAUUGUGUUCAGACCCUAAAACAGUGGUUAUACUGACCUGUAAAAGCUUUAUUAAAUUGAUCCCUGUUUAUUAGAAAUCAACAUAUAUAACAACAGAACAUCAUGAAUAUGACCAAUUCCAUUGACUAUGAAAGCUGCUGUGCUUGUGACAAUAUCAUUUCUUUCCAGUAUAAACUGAGACUUUCUCAUAGUCAUUAUUAAUAAUCAGGGGCAGAUCUGGAAAAUCUAGUGGGGAGGGGUCGAUAGGGCACAGAUAGUGCCCCCCUCCAUGCAACCUGAAAGAGCAGAUACCUUAAUUUCCAGCUUUUGUUUUUAAUGCCCACAUAUGAAACAAAAGCUGUAAAGGCAUGUGAUCUCAAAAGCUAAAGGACACGGAGAAACUAUUUUGUUCUUACAAAACUCUGGGUCUGAGAAUUUAUGCCCAAAAAUUAAGGCUCUAAAAGUCUGAGAGAAAAUUCUAAAAAGAAAACAAAAAUGCCAGACAAAAAAAAUUAAAUUAAUUAAUGAAAAAAUGAUUAAUUUUUAAUCAAUAAUAAUUAAUAAAAAAUUUAUUAAUAAAUUAGUUAUAAAAAAUUAAUUUUUCAUAGACAAGAGUGGGGUGUGGCCCUCACCCACUCCUUCCCCUCUAAAUCUACAUAUGAUACAGACAACCUUUGCCUUGUGGACACCCUGCCAGACAUCCCAAUAUGGACAGUGGCUAAAAGCCAGCAAAACUGAAUUUUACUCCUGCUAUUAGAGAGUUUGACUACUGAGGUCACUAACUCAUGGUCCUGAGUGUCUACAAUAAAGGUAGUUGACUGUAUAAAUACAGUUAAACUUCCACUAACGGCCACCUCUCUACAACUGCCACUCUUUUGGUUGGACAGUCCAUUCAUUGACUCUUGUUCAAACCUCUCUACAACGGUCACCUCUCUACAAUGGCCACUUUGUUCUGACACCAAGGUGGACGUUGUCGAGAGGUUCAACUGUAUUAUGUAAAGACAUUUAAUUACCAUGCCUUAUUUCUUCUAGGUGGUUCUUUGAUGCUAUUGGUUAUUCCAGAUUAUCUCAUGGCUUUGUUGUUAAUGGGUAUAUCAUGGGCGCGUCAUUUUUCCUGUGUCGUAUAGCAAUCAUGCCACUAUACUACUACAAGUGUUAUUCCGUCUGGGGAUCUCAGGAACAGAAAGACCUGGGAGCACUUAUAAGUUUUUACUGGAUUUCUACCUGCAUUGUACUGGAUUCAAUCAACUUGUACUGGUUUACAAAAAUUGCCAGGGGAGCAAUGAAGCUAACUCGCAAACUGAAAGAACGCAAAGAAGGCUAA